CUGGAUUUCUACUUUGCUCAAGACUAUGAAGAUCAAAGGUAGGAGAUGGGAUUUGUAUAUAUGAACACGUUUUUUUUUAUCGAUUUGCUUUGUAUUAUCUUUACCUACGAGAUUCUAUUCUAUUUCUCGGGAAAACUUGAGACUAGGGUAACAAACUGCAUCUUGUCAUGUUCAUGUCAGGCAGUGGGUUGGGCUGUCAAACAGUUUGGGUACGCUAAUGCUAAUUGAGCUGUGGGCCCUAUUAGUGGAUUUUUAUUGUUAUGGGCCGUGGCAAACUCGAGCCCCUUUUUAAUGUCUGGGAAACUGUGGUCCGAUAUGUAUUCAGAGCUACUUUUGUUGACAACCUAACGAACAAGAAUUGAAAUUAAAUUCACGUGGUGGAGGUGGAGGUGGAGGUGGAGGUGGCGCUAGUAAAAUCCAAAAAAAAGAAAAAAAAAAAAAAAAAAAAAAGAAAGAAAAAAGAAAAGAGAGAGGCAACUAUUACAGUGCCGUUUGCAAUUUCGUCACCCUCUUCCUUUGUACAUUCCUUGGAGUAAAAAGAUGCUGAUAUUUUUUCCCCCAAAAUCCAUUUAUCUUUGUGUCCCUAUUUUUAUUUUUCUUUUUAGGUACUACCACAAAUUUUACAAAACCAUCAUUUUAUUUCCUAUUCAUCUCCAAAUAUCCAAUAUAAUAUGGUAAUUGGAAGAAAAAAUCUAUAAUAUCUAGUAUGACCAAUUCCACACAAAUAUGAUUUCAGAACACUCUUAAGAAGGAAAUGGAGGGUGGGUGAUGAUGGAAUAGUUAAAAGAUGUGGUUUACGAGGACGCAUUGCAUUCCCAUCUUUGUACUUGCACUAAAAUCCUAUACGAGCAACGGAGAGAAAGAGAGGAAGAAAAUAGAAUGCCGUUUGAAGUCGUUUUCAAUGCUGGGGUGGGGGGGGUGAUAUUAUGAAAUUUUGUAGGCUUAUAAGCCAGAGAAUUUGCCAUUGUGUGUCAUGGGCAAGGAAUAUUUUUUGCAUUUAUUAUUACUUUGUCUUCUCCCUUUCUCUUUUCUGGUCUUAUCCCCUCUUAUUCAUCACCCAUCCUUCAUUUCAUCCUCCCAACGCUGCCAUCAAUCCACAUAAAAACACAGCCUACAUUUUUUCAUAGACUAAGUAAAUAAAAAUUUUCAUAAAAUAGACAUUUUUUAGGGGUAUUCUUGUCUAUUUACUUACUUGCAGAUAAUGAACAAGUUGGAAAGGAAACUGGGUCUAUUAUAUAUGAGUCAUUUUUACACAGACAAAAAUUCAUUCAGAAAUAAAAAUAAAAAAAAUAUGAAGAACAACCUAGCCUUACCAGAUUCCGUCACUUUCCCGGGAAAACCAUCGCCAUUAGCCAUGGAAUGCUGGUUCGACGAUGCGUGCAUCCUCGACAUGGACUACUUCGUCAAAACCCUCUCCGGCAUCAAAGCCAAAGGCGUACGCCCCGACCUCAUCGGCUCCAUCAUAGCCCACUACGCCUCCAAAUGGCUGCCGGAGCUCUCCGGCGACGGAACCGCAGAGAGAGGAAUAACCGAUUUCGAAGAGUCCCCGGAAAGCGUGACGACGUCGUGGAUGAGAAAAAGGUUCUUCGUGGAGACCCUGGUGGGGGUUCUUCCACCGGAGAAGGACUCGAUCCCCUGCAACUUCCUGCUGAGGCUGCUGCGGACGGCCAACAUGGUGUGUGUGGAGCCCACAUUCAGAGCGGAGCUGGAGAAGAGGAUAUCUUGGCAGCUGGACCAGGCGUCCUUGACGGAGCUGAUGAUACCGUCGUUCAGCCACACUUGCGGGACGUUGCUGGAUGUAGAAUUGGUUAUUAGGUUGGUGAAGAGGUUCGUGAACAUGGACGAGGCUGCUAAGAGCGGUGGAGCGGCAGCUCUGGUGAAGGUGGCUAAGCUGGUGGACUGUUACCUUGCUGAGGCGGCAGUGGACUCCAAUUUGAGCUUGACUGAGUUUGUUUCUCUUGCCGCUGCUCUUCCUAGCCAUGCCCGUGCUACUGAUGAUGGCUUAUACCGAGCCAUUGAUACUUUUCUCAAAGCACAUCCAAACUCGUCCAAGCAAGAAAGGAAGAGUCUAUGCAGGCUGAUAGAUAGUCGGAAACUGACGCCAGAGGCAUCCCUCCACGCCGCUCAAAACGAACGCUUGCCAGUCCGAGCCGUAAUCCAAGUCCUCCUUUCCGACCAGACCAAGCUCAGCAGCCGGAGUACUACUGAUUGGAGUGGGUCAUUCAGUGGGACACGAAGCCCAAACCUGGCUCUCGAACCAACUGCUAGGUGCCUAUCCAAGCGAGAGAUGAGUGUUCAGCAGAUGGAGGUGAGGAAGUUGAAAGAUGAGGUCCUGAGGCUUCAGAGCCAGUGCAAAUCCAUGCAAGUCCAGAUAGAGAGGUUGGUGGAGAAGAAGAAAGGUUUUUUCAAAUGGAGGAAACUUGGGUUGCCUUCUUCAUCUUUCAAGAGCUUGAGCGGUGUUGUGGCGGAGAAAAUUGAAGAGGUUGAUGAAGCAGAAAUGGGUUUCGGUCGACAAACACCUAUGGACCUCAAAACGAGAUUGGUGAGAGGUAGAACUCCACCCAGAUGGAGGAAAUCCAUGUCUUAAUUAUAUUGGAAUUAGAAUGCCUACUUUGAUGUUUUGUGUUGUAACUUGUACGUAAGUAGGUAGUAAUUUAAUUUAUUAGUUUAUUAGUAUGUAGGAUAAUAUCUAAUAUUAUUAUGUUUCUUCUUCUUUUUUUUUUUUGUUUUAUUUUGUUGUGACUUUCUCAAACAGUGCAAAUUCUAGAUGUAAUAAGUGGGUCACUUCUAUAAUAAAUUUCCCAUUCAAUUUAGAA